UUGCCGCGCUAAUCUUCCAACUCGGUUGAAAAAUGUUUACCUUCAAAUUGUUGCCCGUUCUCUUUCUGACCGCGUGCAUCGCAAACGGCAGCGAAUCGGAGUAUUGCAAAGCGUCCGAUGAAUACAAUGAAAAUUCAGAAAAAUGCUCCACUUCGUACCGUUUCACACGCAAACGUUACGUUCUCUACGACGUGAAUCCCCCAGAGGGUUUCAAUCUCAGAAGAGAUGUUUACGUUCGCAUUGCUGUUUUUCUGAACAAAUUGAUUAAAAAGGACAAAGAAUUUCAAUGGCAGUUGGUAUUGCCACCAUGGGGUCAUCUGUAUCAUUGGCGAAGUCAAGAUGCAGGAAUCCAGGAUCGACUACCUUGGAGUACUUUUUUUGAUGUCGCAAGUUUGCAACGAUAUGUACCAGUCAUUGAAAUGGACAAAUUUGUGGAAGAGCAGUCAUCCGAGAGUAAAGAGAUAGAGCUCGAUUGUGUUUAUAUCUUGCAAAACGAUGAAGAAAUGUUCGAGACAGGCAGAUUCGAGGAUAAGAACGAAGUGACAAAAUGCAGUUACGAUUCUUUGCCGUAUCGCAAACAGAAACAAAACGAUUCUUAUGCUGGUUUAUUCUGGGGCUAUGACAUCACAGCUCGAGAUUUGAAAUGUCUGAAAUUCCACGGCACAGUAUCCAAUCUUCGUCAGAAUCUCAAGCCAACGCGAUACAAAUCCGUGAUGUUCGAUCACAUGGAGAUAGCUCUGCACGACGAGUACGGGUCGAAAGAAUAUUGGAAGGCUCGACGCAGCAUGCGUUACACUUCCGAGCUGUACGAUAUCGCGGCGAACUACAGAAGAACGUUUCUGAAUUCGACCGACGAGACCGACAAUACGGAACGACCAGUGGAUUGGACUGAAGAAAAGAGCCGGCGAGACGCGAGAGGCGGUCCGUACGUGGCGGUUCAUCUGAGAAGACGACGCGAUUUUCUCGUCGGACACAAGGCAACUGUGCCGUCGAUAAAAAGCGCCGCUUCGCAGUUGAAAGAAAAAAUGAACGAACUUGGCCUGACUGUCUUGUUUGUCGCCACAGAUGCGGAACAACACGAAUUUGAAGAACUCAAGUCGCAUCUGCCUCAGUACAAGGUGAUGAGGUUCGUGCCGUCUAAUUAUGUAAUGAGAAAGUUCAAAGACGGCGGAGUGGCCAUUAUUGAUCAAAUUAUUUGUUCGUACGCAAGGUAUUUUGUAGGCACGCACGAGUCGACGUUUACGUUCAGAAUUCAAGAAGACAGGGAGAUUAUCGGUUUCCCAUCAGAAACCACGUUCAAUCGAUUGUGCAAGAACACCAAGAAGUGCGCGACAAGUGGAAAUUGGCAGAUCGUUUGUAUUUGCGCUUUACGACCGUAAAGAAGCUGCGUGUCCUUGAAUAUAAAUAGAAGAGAAAUAUCUGAAAAUAACGCGAGUUUAAUCAUUCUUGAUCCAGAGAGCUGAAGGCGUGUACGAGAUAGACUGCGUGUGCGAAAACACACAUCAUUUAUGUGUGAGUAUCCGGAUAUCAUUAACCUAAUGUAUCCUAAAACCAGAUUUUGUUUUCUUUUUUAAACAUCGAAGAAUUUUUUCACAAACACUGUAAAUUUAAC